AUAAAAGCAAGCUAUACAAUGAACCAAUCAUUAUUUGCGUCGCUCCUAUUCUGGGACGACUGUGCUUGAGCGGUGGAUGCCUUGUCGACUUUAUGCAGCGACAGUAUCAAAACAAUGCAAAACAUGAAUGGAGGCUCAUGAUAACGAGCUGGCAAGCUCGCCCGUCAACAAAGGCAACCGCGCGUUGACCGGGGCGUUUCCACUCUGCAAAUGGGCCUGGCGUAGUACCAUGUGAUUGCUGGCUCGGGUAACAUGUGCAUUGCACUGAGACAAUGCCAGGAGUUUACAGAAUGUGUGGGUCCACAAGUCAACAUUCGCGCCGCUUGACGCCCGCAGGUCGCUGAGCCAGGUGCAAUGGCGUACAUUAGCUCCAGGUCCGCCGUGCGCGGGCCCGUUUUCGCGGCUGGUGUCAAGGUUGCAGGUUGGGCUGCGAGCUGAUGGCGCACGGUCAGUCUCAAUGCCCGCCGGGCUCGCGCCCUUUCCCGCGGCUGGAUGGUGUCAAGCCCGCAGGGCAUGGAGCUGGCUACAGUUGCUAUGGCAUCGCAAUCAGGUUAAGGCCCGCCGUGCUCGCGCCCUUUCCCGCGGCUGGAUGGUGUCAAGCCCGCAGGGCAUGGAGCUGGCUACAGUUGCUAUGGCAUCGCAAUCAGCUUAAGGCCCGCCGUGCUCGCCCCCUUUCCCGUGGCUGGAUGGUGUCAAGCCCGCAGGGCAUGGAGCUGGCUACAGUUGCUAUGGCGUCACGAUCAGGUUACAGCCCACCGUGCUCGCGCCCUUUCCCGCGGCUGGAUGGUGUCAAGCCCGCAGGGCAUGGAGCUGGCUACAGUUGCUAUGGCAUCGCAAUCAGGUUACGGCCCACCGUGCUCGCGCCCUUUCCCGCGGCUGGAUGGUGUCAAGCCCGCAGGUGGCGCGAGGACUGCAGUCAAGCAGGAUGGAUGGUGGAGCGAGCUAGGACAUAUGCUGCAAUGUUGGCGCAUGGUGUCCAUGACGGUGCUGCUUAGUGCUCAAGUGGCUGCUAUGGAUUGUGGAGGCCAGACCAUGCCUAGUCACUUGUGUGAAUCAGCUUGGAGGUAGGCUGCGUGUGGACUUCCCAGCUGCAAGGGACUUUAUCCCUCUGGUCUUGUGCAGGGCAAGGCGGGGCAUGACCACUGCGGUCUUGUAAUAGCUGUUGGAU